UGCAUGCCGGAAGUUGGCUCAGGCAGUCUCCGGAAGUCUUGAGGGAGUUUCGUGAGGCUCUUGGUGGCUUCUUGGAGUUCGCGUCUCUGGAUCCGUCGAGUCUAGAGUGCUGCGAGGCUUUCGGCCCGGUGCUCCGCUUCUCGUCUGGCGAUGGCGACCUACACCUGCAUCACCUGCCGGGUGGCAUUUCGCGACGCGGAGAUGCAGCGGGCGCACUACAAGACCGACUGGCACCGCUACAACCUGCGGCGCAAGGUGGCCGGCAUGGCCCCGGUGACGGCCGAAGGCUUCCAGGAGCGGGUGCGGGCGCAGCGGGCGGUGGCGGAGGAGGAGAGCAAGGGCACGGCCACCUACUGCACCGUGUGCAGUAAGAAGUUUGCCACCUUCAACGCCUACGACAACCACCUCAGGUCCCGACGGCACGUGGAGUUGGAGAAGAAGGCGGUGCAGGCCGUCAGUCGCCAGGUGGAGAUGAUGAACGAGAAGAACUUGGAGAAGGGACUGGGCGCGGACAGCGUGGACAAAGAUGCUAUGAACGCGGCCAUCCAGCAGGCCAUCAAGGCCCAGCCGUCCACGUCGCCCAAGAAGGCGCCCUCCGUGCCCACCGAAGAGUCCGGAACAGCCGCGGGCAGGCGCGGGACCCACGAGCGAGACCCGGCGGAGAAGCCACCCCGGCUCCAGUGGUACGAACAGCAGGCGAAGAAGCUGGCCCAGCAGCAGUGGGGCGACAGCGAGGACGAGGACCCGGAGGACGAAGAUUGGGAGGAUGUUGAUUCUGAUGAAGAAUUGGAAUGUGAGCACAGGGAAGCAGCGGAUGAGGCGGAGGAACAGGAUGCAGAAGAUGAAGAGGCUGGGGGAAGCCCACCCUCAGGUGCCAUCCCAGUAACAGACUGCUUAUUUUGUCCUCAUCAUUCAAGCUCACUCAUGAAGAAUGUGGCUCAUAUGACUAAAAUCCACAGCUUCUUUAUUCCUGAUAUAGAAUAUCUUUCCGAUCUGAAAGGGCUGAUUAAAUAUUUGGGAGAGAAAGUUGGUGUUGGCAAGAUUUGCUUGUGGUGCAAUGAGAAAGGGAAAUCCUUCUACUCCACAGAAGCUGUGCAGGCACACAUGAACGACAAAAGUCACUGUAAGCUCUUCACAGAUGGUGAUGCUGCUUUGGAAUUUGCAGACUUUUACGAUUUUAGGAGUAGCUAUCCAGAUUACAAGGAGGGGGAGGAUCCUGAUGAGGCUGAGGACUUGUCCUCAGACAGGACCUUGGAAUGUGAUGAUGAAACCAUGGAGCUGAUACUGCCCUCUGGUGCCAGAGUGGGUCAUCGUUCCUUGAUGAGAUACUACAAACAACGAUUUGGCAUACAAAGAGCUGUGGCAGUUGCUAGAAAUCAGAAGGCUGUGGGCAGGGUACUUCGGCAGUACCGAGCCCUAGGGUGGACUGGCAGCACAGGAGCAGCUCUUGUGCGGGAGCGGGACAUGCAGUAUGUCCAAAGGAUGAAGUCGAAAUGGAUGCUGAAGACAGGGAUGAAGAACAAUGCCACCAAACAGAUGCAUUUUAGGGCCCAAGUGAGGUUCUAGAGGGUGAGAUUGAUAGGUAUAUCCGUUGCUGGACUUUUCCUUUUUUGAGGACCAGUGGAAGCCAGUCUGUGGGAUAGAUCUUUGCUGCUACUUCAUUUGUUCUGAUCUAAUAAAAUACACUCAGAUCAUA